AAAAGUGAAAGAAAUCACCGGAAAUCCCCGUGUUUCUCGAGGUACGUGCCGACGCUGCAGUAGCCUACAGUUACUGUAAAACAUUGCAUGGGAAGAGCAGGACGCGAUGGCGGACAGUUUCAUCUGGUUCUCCAUUUGUUGUGCCUUCUUUGUUUUAUUUAUCGUCAACAAUGAAUCACUAGCCUCCUCUUCUAACUCGUCGUGUUCUGAUGGUGUCGAUCCAAAUGAUGGCUGUUGUCUGUGUCCAGCUGGUCAACGAGUCAAACAGCGCUGCACUGCUACAAGUCAAACAGUAUGUGAGCUAUGUGAGAGAGGCACGUACAACGCACCCAGUAGCCUGGAGAAAUGUCAACCCUGCACGUCCUGCGCACACCCCAAUGCUAAUUUAGAAGAGGCUGAAGCUUGCAGCCCUGGCAGGGACACCAAGUGUCGCUGUAAGAAAGACUACUUUUGUGGCAGUGACACAGAACCCUGCAAACUCUGUCAUCUCUGUACAACAUGCGGUUCUGAAGGCAUUAAACAAGACUGCAAUGCUACCAGCGACAGAGUCUGCAAUGAUGAAAGUAACUACACUGCCACAAAUGUUCCAAUUGUUCCAAUUGUUUCAGUAGUUUUAGUUUCAGUUUUAGUUUUGAUUGCUUUGAUAGUGGGAGUUGGAAUCUGGAGAUGGAAAACACAAAGGAAAAAGAAAUCGAUUGGAGAUCAAGAACAGCAAAAUGAAUCUGCGAUGGAAAUGCAGGAUCUUCAAGUUCCAGAUGUGGACCUCGAGCCUCUCGUGCCUGAACUUAGUGAGAAGCUUGGAUGGACAGUUAUGAAAGAUGUAGCAAUAAGUAGCAAGAUAUCAAAAAUUGCCAUUGAUAAUUGUGUACGAAACCACCAAGGGAACAGCCAAGAGCAGACUUGUGAGCUACUAGGGAUAUGGAUAGAGAAGGUGGGCCAUGGUGGCUCAAGGGAGUUGAUCAGAAUCCUUCGAAAAUUGGAAAAAAAAGCCACAGCAGACAAGGUUUUAGAUAUGUUGAUGCGUAAUGAAUAAAUGUGCUUAUUGGAGCACUUUUUAAAGAUUUGCAACAUUCAAGUUGUGAUGUUUACAUAAGAUUUUAAAACAAAUUUUUUUAUGUAUCUAAAAUGUGUGCGCCUGUCUUUACUUGAAGCUGUAAAAACAAGUUGAGAUUAGUGAAAGGCUGGUGUGGUUGGUAAUAAACAACUGACUUUAAAGAAUCCCCAUUACUUCCUGAAUAAAAUCAUAGAUGGACAGGCUUUAGGACAGUUUUCUUCGUACUUUGUAAGAGUUGAAAAAUAUUUAACAAGAUUAUGUUGCAUGUAUUAAAGAUGUAAAAUCCAUAUUUGUAACGUUACAGCCGCAUUGGUCAGUUGAGAAAGUUGUCAUUCAUCAGUGAGGACUUCCAUAGAUUGUAUGUUGUGCUCAAUAAAUGAAAUUAAAAUGUGUCAUAUACA